GGCCGAUGUGCAGCCCGCGAGGGGCCGGGGUCGGGGCCGCCGGGGCCAUGCGCGCGGGCUGGGCAGGGGACCCGCGGGGUGCAGAGCGUAGCCGCUUCGGAGCCUGAGCCUCCCGGGGCCGCGGCCGGGAAGCCGCGCGGGGCCGGCCGGCCGGGGGGAGGGGAGCGAUGCGGCGCCGGCGGGCGGCGGUGGCCGCGGGUUUCUGCGCCUCCUUCCUGCUGGGCUCGGUCCUCAACGUGCUCUUCGCACCGGGCUCGGAGCCUCCGCGGCCAGGCCAGUCCUCCGGGCCCUCGCCAGACCCGGGCCCGGGCCGUCGCGGGGGCCGCGGGGAGCUGGCCCGGCAGAUCCGAGCGCGCUACGAGGAGGUGCAGCGCUAUUCCCGCGGGGGCCCCGGUCCCGGGGCCGGCCGGCCGGAGCGGCGGCGCCUGAUGGACCUAGCUCCGGGCGGCCCGGGCCUGCAGCGUCCCCGCCCCCCGCGGGCCCGGCCCCUGCCCGACGGCGCUCCGGGCUGGCCCCCGGCUCCUGGCCCGGGCUCCCCCGGGCCGGGAUCCUCCGGCCCGGGCCCGCGCCUGGGCUGCGCCGCGCUCCGUAACGUGUCCGGCGCACAGUACGUGGGCUCCGGCUACACCAAGGCCGUGUACCGGGUCCGCCUGCCCGGCGGCGUCGCGGUGGCGCUCAAGGCGGUGGACUUCAGCGGCCACGAUCUGGGGAGCUGUGUGCGCGAGUUCGGGGCGCGGAGGGGCUGCUAUCGGCUGGCGGCCCACAAGCUGCUGAAGGAGAUGGUGCUGCUGGAGCGGCUGCGGCACCCCAACGUGCUGCAGAAAGACCAGAGCAGAGGAAAAAUGAAGGUGCCAGAAAGUGAAAAUGAUGAAGCAAAGACAAGGAUUAGAGCAGAGGAGGAGCUCUAUGGCUACUGCUACCAGGACAGCGAGGACAUCCCGGACACCCUGACCACCAUCACGGAGCUGGGCGCCCCUGUGGAAAUGAUCCAGCUGCUGCAGACUUCCUGGGAGGAUCGCUUCCGAAUCUGCCUGAGCCUGGGCCGCCUCCUCCACCACCUGGCCCACUCUCCGCUGGGCUCGGUCACUCUGCUGGACUUCCGCCCCCGACAGUUCGUGCUGGUGGAUGGGGAACUGAAGGUGACAGAUCUGGAUGACGCCCGCGUGGAGGAGACACCGUGCACAGGCAGCGCUGACUGCACACUCGAGUUCCCAGCCAGGAACUUCACCCUGCCCUGCUCAGCCCAGGGCUGGUGCGAGGCCAUGAAUGAGAAACGCAACCUCUACAAUGCCUACAGGUUUUUCUUCACAUACCUCCUGCCCCACAGUGCCCCACCCUCACUGCGGCCUCUCUUGGACAGCAUUGUCAACGCCACAGGAGAGCUCACCUGGGGGGUGGACGAGACCCUGGCCCAGCUGGAGAAGGUGCUGCACCUGUACCGGAGCGGGCAGUAUCUGCAGAACUCCACGGAGGCCGGCAGAGCCGAGUACCAGCACCUCCCAGGCAGUACCAUCCCCCAGGAAGACUACCGCUGCUGGCCGUCCUACCACCACGGAAGCUGCCUCCUCUCAGUGUUCAACCUGGCCGAGGCUGUGGACAUCUGUGAGAGCCACGCCCAGUGCCAGGCCUUUGUGGUCACCAACCAGACCACUUGGACAGGUCGGCAACUAGUCUUUUUCAAGACAGGAUGGAGCCACGUGGUCCCUGAUCCCAGCAAGACCACAUAUGUGAGGGCCUCUGGCUGACCUGUCUGUGGGCUCAGCUGACCAUCCCUGCCAGCUGGGCUUGCCUGUGACUUGCACUGGCAGCACUGCAUGUCACCUGGGCACCCCUGCAGACAAGGCUGACAUCCCCGACAGACCGAGGUGACCAGGACAACGUGCAAUAAUGCCACAUGUUAAAAUGUGAGUUUACCAGUCUAGGUCUGGGACUGCUGGCUCCCGGGCAGGAAUCAUGGAGGGCUGACUGCCCCUCUCACCCUCUGGGCUGCCAGCGAGGCUCAGGACGGUCCCCCCAUGGGGGGCUCUGCCCCUCACUGGGACGGUUCUGGGGGCAGCCCCAUCACUGCGUUCGUAGCGCAAGAAUGUAGCCAGAGCCCCUGCGGCUGGUGCUGCUGCAUGUGCCAUGGCCCGGCGGGGGCCGCGUGGGGACAAUCAGUCACGGAGUGUUCUCUUAGCCAAGCUCCUGACCGGAGACUUGAAGGGAUGCUCCGGGAGGUGGGUGAUUCUGUACCUGGGGCGGCCGCCUCUGGGCACCUGACAGGGGCGCUCACCGGCCAGCCCAGGAGCGGGGGGCAGAGGAGCACACAAGGUAUGAGCCAAGUCAUGGGGUUGAGGAGCAGGUAGCAGUUUGAGCCAGGACCCGGGGCGGGGGUGGGGCCGGGGCCUUUCUGCUUCAUUUGCUUUCAGUGAAAGCCACAAAGCAGCCAAAAGCAGCCUCUCCCUGCUCCUGGAGUUUGUAUAUCCAGAAGCUUUUGUACUUCUUGUUCAUUAAAAUGUUUAUUUUUAUAAGAAAAAAAAAUCAAUUAAUAAAAUGACAUUUCAUGGCAAGGACU